AUUCUUUUUACUCAGUUGGAUCAAGUUUUGUGAUGCAAAGACAUUUGUUGCUAAUUUAGUUUUUAAAAACAAGUUAUUCCGCUUUAAACUAUUAUCCUUAUUGGUGAUGUAGUCAAUAGUUUUAAAAUAUAAAGAUUACAAGUGUUGUGAGGUUAAAAUGAAGUGUGUUUUAUUUAUAUUUCUCUUUGUUAUUAGUGAGGUAGUUUGUCAGGGCAAUUGGAAGUUUGUUGGAAAUCCUUUAAUACAUGCAUACCCUUGUAAAAAUGUUAAAGAUAUUAUAGUUUCCUUUGAACCUGGAUUACCUGAGGACAAGAAUAAUGUAUAUAGUGUUUUGAUAGAUAGAAAUUUACCAGCGUUUUCUGAAAUUGAUAUACAAACUGAUUCGGAUGCUGUUUUAAAACUGGCGGACAAAGAGAAGGGCAGAUUAAGUGUAUCUGGCCCAGAUACUUUUAACAUAAGAAUCAUAAAUGAGACUAAUUCAAUUUCGUUCGCAGUCAAAGGUCCACCAUCAGGCGGACUACCAUAUUUUUAUAGUAUAAAACUAAACUCGGUCGAAUUAUGCACUAAUCCCAGAAAGGGUUUUUUGAGAAAGUUCGUCAAAAGUUCAAUAGACGGGAAUGCGCCAAUCUCAUUAGUUGGAGGAGGUACAUGUGGCAGAAGAAAGGUGUUGCAUGCAGAACUGAUCGUUGAGGGAGAGGCGACUAAAACUGGUGACUGGCCAUGGCACGUCGCCAUAUACAGACUUUAUAAGAGAGAAAUCAAAUACAUCUGUGGUGGAACUUUACUUUCCAAGAACUUUGUAUUGACUGCCGCACAUUGCGCUUCAGUCAGAGGCCAGACAGUGAUCCCGGAGACGUUGAAUGUAGUGCUUGGUAAACACAACCUCGUCGGAGGCGAUGUCGCGGUGCAAGAGAAAGAAGUUUUCAGUGUAAUAUUACACGAACAUUUCAAAUACCAAAUCAGUUUGGACAACGACAUCGCAUUGCUCAAGUUAAGGACUGAAGUCACAUUUACUGAUUACGUUCAGCCUGCUUGUUUAUGGUCUGAGGAAGCACAUGAAAGAUAUCCGAUUAAAGAAAUAUUUGGCACUGUGGUAGGAUGGGGUUUCGAUCAAUCAAACGAAUUAUCGACUCAACUCCGGCAAGCUACAAUGCCUAUAAUACAAGAACAGAAAUGCUAUAAAAGCAAUCCGUUAUUCUACUCAAAGGUUUUGAACGAUAAUAAAUUCUGUGCAGGCUGGGGUAACGGUACAUCUGCGUGUAAUGGGGACAGUGGUGGAGGUUUCUUCGUCUUCACACCUGAUGUGCGUCACGACAGCGCACCUAAUUCAUCAGGAGCAUGGUUCCUUAAGGGUAUAGUUUCUUUAACCGUGUCCAAGAGAGAAGCAAGGAUAUGUGAUCCAACACAGUAUGUAGUGUUCACAGACGUACCUAAAUACAGAGAAUGGAUAGAGAAAUAUGUACAAUAGUUUUAAAUUUUAGUAUAGGUUGAGAAAAAAAUCAUUAGUAUUUGUGCAACGCAAGGGGGCAGGGGGCAACUGCGUCUCUCAGACAUCAAAAAAUAAUUUUUACUACUAGCCUCCCUAGACAUUUGAUUAUGCCCCCCCCCCAUAAUAUGGCGACGCCCAUAUCUAUUACUAUCACAAUUAUUUAUAUUUUCAACUAAAGUCUAAUGAUUUGUGAAAGGAGACAAAUAAAACUUACAACCGAUUGUGGAAUUCUCAAAAGUCUUAUACAGUUCCACCACCAGUUCAUAAUAUACCUAGUGAGAUUAUAAAAUAACAUAGUAUAAAAACCGUUAUACACUAAUGUGCUAUUAAAUAGCAUAAUAUAAAACAAGUUAAAUUAAAAGCGAGCGCACACAUUUGACUAAACAGUUGUGCGAUAGAUUAGUUAGAUGUGCGCGCUCUUACUGUCACAAGCUUCUCAAUUAAAUGACUCAAAAAGUACUAGUAUAUACGUUAAACUUUUUUAUUCACAUUUCUUAAACAGGAAAAUGUUUAAAUCUCAAAAGAAACUACUAGAGUACAAAUGGUAGAGAAACCAGAGUAUUUUCAUUCGUAUAUUAAAUGCGGUAAAAUCAAAUCAUGUAAUUGCUAAGGUUUCAAAUAUUUGUUUAUAAAAAAAAUAUAAUUGUUUGAUAAAUAUUAGAAUUUUAAAAUGCAAAAA